GUAAAUAAACAUUUUCUGUUUGUAUCUUUUUCGAGAGUGAAUGAAAAAUGAAAGUAUGUGUGUGUAUGUGCGUGUGCGUGUAUGUUCGCACGUGCAUGUGAGUACAUGCGUGUAUAUGUUCCUAUAUGUUUAUUUUAUUUUUUCUUAUAACCAGUUCAAGAUCAACAUAAUUACAAAUUGAUAUUUUCUUUCUCAUCACAUUCUUCUUGAAAUAUUUACUUUAUCGCUAUCAUUAUUGUUAUUGUUAUUAUUAUUAUUAUUAUUAUUAUUAUUAUUGUUGUUGUUGUUGUUGUUGUUGUCGUUAUUGUUACUAUUAUUAUAAUUAACAGUAAUUUAUUUUAACAUUUAUAAAGAUAAAGAGUAAUAUUACACCUUGAAUAAAAUCGUUAAGUAGAUUGGAGGUAAUAAUUUUGUCACAACUCUUAUCUUGCAAUUAGUUUUGUAAUAUCCGCUUUUCCUACUACAUUGGCACUUCACUUAUCGUACGUAAAGAAAUAUUCAAUUAUUAAGAACAUAUUUUCGUAUAGAGAAAUCACAAAUCUAUCUUAUUGCAGAAAAGAAGUAAAUUUAUAGAUAAUGUAACUAUACGGUUAUGUACGGUAUGUUAUUUCCUCUUUUUCUUAGUUUUUUCAAACUUGUUUUGUCUUCAUAAUUGUCUUGACGUCAUCGUUGAUGUUUUUACUUUCGUAUCUUCCUCGAUCAUACGAGUCCGGUGCAUUAUACACCGGAAUGUCCGGUGUUGUGUUCGAAUAUCCGACUUUUAUGUUCUAUAUCGUACGGUGACUUAUUAAAAAUUUCAUUAAUGAUCGUUAAUAUGCCUAUAAACACACAAGUUAUAUCGUUAAAUAUUAUAUUUCUCCAGUUAGAUAUUAUAAUUCAAGUAUAUGUAUUGUUUCGCUAAUUUUAUCUACGAUUAAAGAAAAAGUUGAUAAUCGCAUAUGAUUAUAUCGAUUGUUAGUUGAAAGUCAUGAUACGAAAACCGAUGAUAAGAUAUGUAAUGAUGGAUAUGUAUUUUAAAAAUUAGCAAAUCGAGAAAAAGUACCGAUAACAAUGUUUGUUUAUUGGUCAACGUAAUUUCCGUCCUACGAACAUGUCUUUUCAUCAUAUUUUUUAUUUGUUUCUUUUUUUUUCUCCGUGUUAACACUUGAUGGAUCGUACAAAAUUCAUUAAAUUUAAUGCGAUAAUAUUUGAAGUGAAUUAUUAAUUUUUUCAGAAGAUGAAUGAAUUGAUAAUAUUUGAACAAUUUUAAUCGAUAUGAAGAUUGCGAAAAAAGAAAGAAAAUAUUAAAAGUGAUUUAUUGAAACGGUGUCACCUGCGCUCGAACGACAAAAUCAAUAAUAAUAGGGCAAGUUUGUAAUAAAUUAACGUGGAGUUAAUAUUGACUGAUUGACCCAACUAGCACGACCUCCGGGCACUUCUGUAUAUACUAUAAUCUGCCAUUUCUUCGUGUGAACCUCAGCGCCAUAGGUUAGGGAGGUUAAUUAGUUGGAACUGUCUGUCAUUUAUGACUGCUACGAUGAUUAAAGAUUUAAUGCUCACUCUCUUUGAUAUUAUAGAAUAAUUUUGACAUAUGAAUCGUUCGAAAAAUAUAUAUAUGAUUUUUAAUUACACAUGUUAAAUAUACACAGGACACAUACAUCAAAGUUUUAUCUUAGAAAAAAUCGAUUUUUUGUUAUACAAAAAAAUGACGUAAUAAUAUUGAUAAGAAAUACGCGAACGAUAAAUAUUGAAACGAAAAUUAAUUUGAAUGAAAAAUUCGUUGAAGAAAUAGUAUUUUGUAAAUUGUAAGAAAAUAGAACUAAAAUUGGCGCCUUUCGUUAUGAAAUUGCAGAGAAGAUACGUGCUGCGCUCUUUAAUCUGCGCAGACGUCUUAUUUCUCUUUUGAGGUUACGAGAAUCAAUAGUAUUGUACAAUAUCUUUGACUAAUAAUUAUUAAAGAAAGUAGAUAAUUAUUAAAGAUGGUUUUAUAUAUAAAAGGAUUAUUAUCACCUCGCAAAUUUAUAUUCUUAUUUUUCCGGUGUUCUUUAUGUCGCCAAGCUAUGUUAAAUAAAUUUUGGAGUUAUGAAGUCUUACAAAAAUACUUUCACACAAAAACAGAGCCACCUCAUGUACAACUGUUUUCCCAACCAAAAUGUCAAAUGUACGUGGCUACGUGGUAUUUGCUUUAUCGUUGGUUGAUCUUCGUCGCCUGGAUCAGUAUUAUCAUCUGCUCUAUUUUCGAAUUUGGAAGUUAUGAACCUCUCUUCAAAUGGCAAAAAUGGUCAAUUUAUUUGACGAAUUGGGAUUUGCUAUUAGGAGUAACACAAGCAUUUCUAGGAGCCUUAAUAGUUUCUAAAAGAUGGAGACAACAAAAGGAUGCAGCUUUCAAUCCUUAUGAUAUGAAAUUAACGAUGCUAGAAAAGUCCUAUUGGGUUUUCUAUACUGUGACAUCUACUUUAGCUGUGGGUGUGACUAUUACUUAUUGGACUGCAGUAUACAAUCCUAAGAUUCAUCAUAUAGAUCCAUUAAAUAUCUUAUUACAUAUUUGUAACAGUAUUUUAAUGUUCUUAGAUCUAUCUAUCACAAGUGUUCCAUUAUAUAUGAAGAAUGUUUGGUGGUGCCUUAUCAUAAUAUUAUUUUAUAUAAUAUUUUCCGUAAUAUAUUAUGCAGCAGGUGGCCUGGAUAAAAAUGGAUAUCAUUAUAUCUACAAAAUUCUUGAUUGGGAAAAGCCAGGUCAAACGUUAUUGAUAUGUAUAGGUGGUAUGGUGUUUGUUAUAUUAAUGCAUUUCGUACUAUGUCUUCUUGGUAAUGCCAAAGACUGCUUGUAUGUUAGAAUUACUAAAAAACUUCACGACAUUCCUUCAACGACAAAAAUCGAUUUCACUGUAACAAAAAAAGAAGCAGAAAUUGUUUGAUUAAUCAGAUAUUUGAAGUAAGUUAAUGUAUUGAUAUUUAAAUGCACAUACUUGAGAAGUGUUGAAGCAUUCCUACUAUCAGUUUAUUCCAAUAGUUUUCAUCUGAUAUGAAAAUUUGAAUUAAGUAUUAUAGUACAUUAUAAAUUUAUCUUGCUAUUGAUAUCUUAAAACUAAGUUUUGUUUAUAACAGUCUCAAUAUUUCACAAUGAUAUUAGAAUAAUGUGUAAGAUCAGUUCCAACAUGUAUGUUUAUUUAUAUGGAUCUUUUUUCUUUUAUCAGCAAUCAAUAUUGUCUUAUAAUGGCAUUAUCAGGCGAAUUUGAAAACUAUAUCUAUUAUCAUACAACUCAUUCAUACUUCCUUUCAUUUAUCUAUUCAUCAAUGCAUCAUUUCAUAACAUUAUUGCAAAAAUGAUUUUGCAUACCUCGCUUUAUAAUAAAUUUUAGAAUAGUUAUUUUUCAAAUAUUACAUAAAAACAUGUACUUUGUACGUGCAUAAAAAAGUUCCUUGACUUCGUAGAAAAGUAUUCAUUAUUAUAAUCAAAUAAGUGAUUGUAACAUUAAUAUUUAAUCUUAAUUUUUGUAUACAUUUAUUCAACGAACAUCUAACCAUUGUCAAAAAAAAUUUCAUAUAGAAAAAUAAAAUAAGAAGUAGACUAUAAUUUUUAUGAAAAAAUAUCAACAAUUUAUUAAUAAAAUAACGAUGUGUAAAGCAAUUAUGGACUGUUAUACAAAUAAAUCGUGGGCUCAAAACGGCCCUCAAUCACA